AUGAACACGAACGUCAAACGUCUGCGCAAAGAGCUCCAGGAGCUCCGGAAGCACCCGGAGGAGGACAUGGUGCUGUACCCGGAAGAAGAGACGAUCAUGCGGUGGAAGGCGUUCAUCCGCGGGCCCAAAGACACGCCGUUCGAAGACCGGUGCUACGAACUGGCGAUCCACACCACGUCGCUGUACCCCAUGGAACCGCCCAAGAUGAAGUUUCUCACGCGAGUUUUUCACCCCAAUGUGCAUUUCAAGGACGGCAGCAUCUGCCUCGAUAUCCUCAAGCGCGAGUGGUCCCCCGCGUGGACGUUGCGGGCGGCGUGCUUGGCCGUGAUCUCGUUGUUGUCGGACCCUGCAGCCGACUCGCCGCUGAACUGCGACGCCGGAAACAUGAUUCGUGCGGGCGAUAUGCUGGCGUACAACACGAUGGCCGAGAUGUACAAGAAAGAGUUUGGUCUGCUGGAGCUCCCGGCGGACCCGUACUAG